AUGAAAUAAUCCAAAUAUUUACUAAUCCUACUUGUUCUCUCAAUUAUCAUAACAUUAAGUUAGGCAUAAAAUGGGCCAAAUGGUUAACAUUAACCUAAUCCUUAAGAUGGUUAAGGUCGUGGAGAUCCUAAAAAUAAUCGUUGCAAUCCUCAUGCAUGCGAAAUUUGUUUGAUUUAGAAUGGUCCUGAUAACUUAUGUCUAGUUUGCAAAGAAGGAUACGAUUUCCAUAGAUCAACUUUUUCAUGCUCGAGAAGAGAGGAUUUUGAUGAUAGAGGCGAUGGCUUUUCUUUGGCGUUUGGAAUUAUCAACAUAAUAUUCUUAGUAGUGCUUUAUUUUGGUUGGAUGAUUAUCUCAAGAAAAAAUAUGCAAAGAUUUAUUAACUCAAAUAACUUAUAGCAUUAGCAAAAUAAUCAACAGGGAGUUCAAUUAUAAGAGAAUGAUUUCGAAGCAUAAAUAAUCAAAAUAGGAGCUCCAAGUGAAUUUGACACUCGCUCUAAAAAAAGCAGUACAGUAGAACCAGUGCAAUUAGAUGAAAAAGAUAUGAAGAUGAAAUUCUCUUAAAAAUCCCCUACAUAAAAUCCUGUAUUUGAUGUAGAUAAAUAAAGCAAUAAUAAUAGUGGCAAUGAGAAUAAUAAUUUUGCAAUGGGUUAUCCUGUCAAUUAGCAAUAAGGUGACUUCAUUCCAUAAUUUUAACCUCAAACAUAAAAUCAAUAAUAAUAAAACUCUUCAAGACUCUUUAUUACCUCAGACUUAAAUGGCUAUUGGCUCACAUAAGCUGGUAGAUUUUCUUUCAAGAAUUUUAAUAACUUUCACAGAAUUAAGCACGUUGUUAUUAACUUACUUAUAUUACAGAGGAUUUUCUCUUCUAUGUUCCGCAUGGCAUUAGGUAGAGGUGCUGAUGACGAUAGCAGUUUACAAAAAUAGCUACUAUUUGUAGGAUUUUUGGUUUGCAUACUAAUAUAUUGGUUAGCAUCUUUCAUUCCACCUAUUAUUAUCAAGAUAUUCUCAUACUGCAUGUGCUUAAAAAGCGAUCCUAAUGGCAGAUGCAGUAGCAUAUUUAUAGGCGUCCUCUUUUAUGUAGCUGCCAUUAUUAUGACAGUGCUUACUUCUGAUGUUAUCUUCAAAAUGACAGGAUUUGAGGCACAAGUGUUCAUUCUUGUUUGCAUAUCUGCUUGGUUAAUCACCUUUUUCUUUGACAAAAAGUCAAUUGAAUUUGCAAAGAGACACAGAGGAGGUUUCAUGGAAAAGUUAAUAAAAUUCAGAAAGAUUGAUUUCUCUUUAGGCGAACAAAAUCAACCUGGUGUUGUUUGA